AACUACCACAAAGUCACACGCGGUGUAGUCGAACAGAGUAGAAGAGAAGGCAAGAGUAGCGUGGCAAAGCUUGACUGUCUAGACCUCGACCUCGACCGUACCUAUACGUUGAAAGAGUUCGAAGACAUUAACGAGCAAUUAAAGACGCAAACUUUAGAAAUCGGUGAAGAACCCGUUGACCUGUUUGAGCUAGACGCGUCCGGCAAGCUCAUACCCAUGCCACAGACCCCGUUUUGCAAAGAAACUGUUGUUGCUGAAAUCGAGGCCUUUAAUUUCGAAACGGGUCGUGGUGGGCGGACGAUUCGAGCUCCUGACGUGGCGUUUACGCCCUAUCAUAUUUAUCGUACGCUGUCCGAGGAACAGCGUUGGACUUUUCAGGGACAGCCCUUUACCCCAAGCUUCGUCGUUGAGGUGGAAAAUGUUGCCGGUGGAAGAGGGACAAAAUUCAAUGACUUGGAUAACAAGUUUAGGAGUGCUUACUUUGAUUAUCAUACAUCCGUUCAGCUCGGAUGGCUUGUAGAUCCGCAAAACCGCGAUAUUUGGGUCUAUAAACGAAGAAACAAUGGCACCGUUGGUCGUCGCAAGAGAGACUGGAAUGAUGUAGAUGGUGGUACAGCUCUGCCGGGGUUCACCCUGGAUGUGGAAGAAAUCGAUGAGAUAAUUUCAGUAGGACGGUCGCAAUCAUUACAAACAUCGCAAACCAGUCGUUAUACGUGUGGUUGUG